AAUUUAAGAAAAACAACCAGAAAUAUUAUCCAUGUUUAUAGAAUGAAAAUGUCUAUAACAAACCAAACUGCAUUAUUUCACCAGCACGUCGUGGGGAUAAUGUGUUUAUCUUUUCUGUAAUUUUCCUUUUGUCAGGUCUCUUAAUGUGUGAUUUUUAUGUUGAGAAACUACCUAGCUCUCUGAAAAUACAAAUGUGCCUUCAACAAAACUCCUGUUUCUAAUAAAGUAUUUAAACUCUUACAGGAUCCAAUUCUUUCUUACCAUUUUGGGUGAGCGUUUGCAAAUCCCAAAAGAUUCACUAGGAAACUAAUGAUGUGCAGCAUUUCAUUUUGCUCACUUCUUUCUCCACUAUCGUUUGAUACAUACCAAAAAUAAGUUUCUGGGAAGAGAAAGAGGAAAAGAAUUAAAUAUAAGAAAGGAAUAUAAUUAAUUGGAAAACAUUUUUCACAUUUCUUGGAUACAGGUAGCACUUGAAAUAGCCUUUUUCAUCUCCUUUCACUUUUACCCACCCCCUAAAAUUAAUCUUUCCUCACCUGUUGAUACCAGCUUUAUUGAUGAAUUAAAAGAGUCAGAGCUUUGAGACAGCUCAGAGUCAGCUUUGACAUUUUCCUUUUCUCAUAUGACAUCACUGCUGACGUUCCAGGCCUGGCACCCACAGCAAACCUCCUUGUGUCUUGGGAAGAGCUGGGGUGCAGCAUUCAAAAGUCAGGCCCUCAAUUCCUGGCCAGUACCCAGAAGAAACAGAUUUUUGCCUGGUGAAUUUGUCUCAGAAGGGAACUGUCUCUUGUGCAAAUUCCUCUGUACAAGUUACUGGUUUUUUAGCACAAAAAGGAACACAGACUGAAGAUGCCAAGGAGAAUGCAACGGGAUUAAUUUGCUUAUUGAACAAAGUUGAGGUGGGGUUUUUUGAUUCCCCCAGCCCUCCUCUUUCAGUGCAGCCUAAAGCACAACCAUUGGGGUGACAAAGGCUCUUCAGCAUCACUGUAGUCUGUUCUCCACACAGUUUUUCAGGGUGUUGCAAUCUUUCUGGCCACCUCAUUCUCCUCCUUAGCACACUGGAAGCAAAGUGGGAGGCAAUUUGCCACCUCAUAGCUACCUUCUAAAGCCUGAAGCACUCAAGUGACACACCUUCUCCUCCACAUAAUCUGCUUUCUCUCAGGCUACAGGACUAAUAAUAAAGAAGCUGCGGCCAGAAGAAAAAAAAUGAGCCUUUUGUUUUGAAUAACAACUUGUGUUUUGUUAGCAGAUAUGAAUGGUCCAGGCCAACAGUCCACACAAUUCAUGGAGUGCUGAACCAUUUCAGUGGGAACACACUAAUCCCAGUCAUUACACAGCUAAUGAUGCAUUUUGGAGCAGCAAAGUGGAGGAGGAGAGGUGGCUGUGGAAUGUUAAACCAAGAGGUGGGGGAGUAUAAUGUACUUCCUUGCAGAGAUCUCAGGAGGCAGAGCCUCCAGCUACAUUUUGAUUGUUCUUUUGAAUUGAGUGUUUUGUGUCUUAGCAAGUUCUGAAUGCCUGUUAUUUAGAAGGAACUAAAUACUCCCAUUGUUCAUGGAAAACGUUUUGGUUGUUCCCAGCGCCGUUUUGAAAAUUACCUACUUGAAAUGCAACUAUUUUCAUCGAGUGAGAGCAGCGGAACAGUUUGUCCCGAGCAGACGCAAUCCCUGCACUCCCUGUCGAGGAGAGCAGCCCCGCGGCUGCAUCCUCGGUUGCCAUGGCGACCGCUCAGCCCGUGAGGACCGGCGCGCACGGGGAUGCUCGGCACGGGGAUGCUCGGCACGGGGAUGCUCGGCACGGGGAUGCUCGGCUCCCGCAACUCCAGCGCUGAGCAACUCGCCGUGCCCUCGGUGUGCCCGCGGGGCCGGGCAGCCAUGCAGGGCUCGCCGCGGCGGCGCUCGGCCGUCAGCAUCUUUAGCCAUUUUUUCCAGGGUCGGAGGCAUUCCUCCUCCGACCCCCUCCUCCGCAUGAGCCAGAGGCGCCGGAGCUCGGUGGUGGAGCUGCUCUCCUCGUCCACCCACCGCGUGAUGGUGGCUCUGUCGUCCCUCAGCCCCGAGGAGCUGGAUGCAACUUUUCCCGAAAAAAAAAGAGGCUCGAGGCGCCCGACAGCCAAGUACACGAAGGUGGGGGAGCGGCUGCGGCACGUCAUCCCCGGGCACAUGCAGUGCUCCAUGGCCUGCGGGGGGCGGGCCUGCAAGUACGAGAACCCCGCCCGCUGGAGCGACCAGGAGCAAGCCAUCAAAGGCCUCUACUCCUCCUGGAUAACAGAUAACAUCCUGGCUAUGGCUCGACCCUCAACAGAAUUAAUUGAAAAGUACAACAUUAUUGAGCAGUUUGAAAGAUAUGGCAUAAAAACCGUAAUUAACCUCCAGCGUCCUGGGGAGCAUGCGAGCUGUGGGAAUCCUCUGGAACAAGAGAGCGGCUUCACCUACCUUCCUGAAGCCUUUAUGGAGGCUGGAAUUUAUUUUUAUAAUUUUGGAUGGAAGGAUUAUGGAGUGGCAUCUCUCACUACUAUACUUGACAUGGUAAAAGUGAUGGCUUUUGCCCUGCAAGAGGGGAGGGUGGCUGUUCACUGCCAUGCAGGACUUGGGAGGACAGGUGUUCUAAUAGCCUGCUACUUAGUUUUUGCCACAAGAAUGAGUGCUGAUCAAGCAAUUCUUUUUGUCAGAGCAAAAAGGCCUAAUUCCAUCCAGACCAGGGGGCAGUUACUGUGCAUCAGGGAAUUCACUCAGUUCUUGGUUCCCCUGCGAAAUGUGUUUGCCUGCUGUGAGCCCAAGGCUCACACAGUGACCCUGUCCCAGUACCUGACCCGGCAGAGGCAUCUGCUCCACGGCUACGAGAGCAGGCACCUCAAACACGUGCCAAAGCUGGUUUACCUGGUCUGCAAAUUGCUGCUGGACUUGGCUGAAAACAGGCAGGUGGUAGAGGCAGAGCUGUUGGACAUCCCAGACCUCUCAGCUGAGAUCGAGAAGGCUGUUUCUCAGUUGGUGUCCACACAGCUCGACCAAGACCUUGCCAGGCAGGACAGCGAGAUGUCAGACUCAUCCCACACCCACUCCUCUGCUUUUGAGACCCAGGAUUCUCAUUGCUCCCUGGGUCAUGAGUGUGAUUCUUUCUGUAAAAGAAGGAAUGUCGAAUGCCUUCAGCCUCUUACUCAUCUGAGAAGGCGUCUAAGCUACAGUGAGUCAGAUUUAAGGAGAACUGAGUUUCUUCUAGAACAAGACAACGCUGUCUGGACAGUGCCUGCUCAGAUAUUGCAGUGCAACAAGCUCAAGCAGAACAGUGGUGAGGAGUGUUCUGCCCCAGGUGAGCCGAAGCCCCAGCUGGAGUUACACAAAGAAGCCUUAGUGCGCAACACGUGCAUGUUCUGGAGCCAGGGCAGGUUCAAUUUGGACGGACGGAAAGAUGGGUCCUCACUGUACCACAGGAGGAGCUCCACCAAAGAAGUCCAACGCAGCAGAACCUUCUCUUCGGGCCUGGCUUCCAUCCACAACGCCAGGGAACCCGGAAUGCUGAGGCACAGCUUGGCCAAGGAGGUUGGUCCCAGGAGGGACCACAAGGCUAACAUGUAUGGCAGGACAGUCUACGCCUCCGAGGACUCCGAUUCUUCUUCUUCUUCCAAAGUGAACUUUUCCAUUGGAUAUGAAAGCCAGGAUAGCAGAGAUGUGUCGGAGACAAUUCCACACAUUAUUGUGCAGUCAGAAUUAAGUCUGGAAGCCCGAAGAGUUUUGGCAGCGAAAGCACUUGCAGAUAUAAAUGAAUUUCUGGAAGAGGAUGAAGUGAAGCAGAAGGUAGAAACAUGGCAGAAAGAACUGAAUUCUCGAGAUGGAGCUUGGGAUAAAAUCUGCACCGAGAGAGAUCCUUUUAUCCUCUGCAGCUUGAUGUGGUCCUGGAUAGAGCAGCUUAAAGAACCUGUUAUAUCCAAAGAUGAUGUUGACAUGCUGGCAAAAAAUUGCACAGAAUCACAAGAAGCACUCUACUUGCUGAGAAAGGAGCAGUGUCAGACUAUCCUUUGUAUUUUACACUGUGUGGUGAACUUGCAGAUGCUGCCAGGUGAUGUGGAGGAGGCCUUACUUGCUCGUGCUAUUAAAGCUUUCACCAAGACAAGCUUCGAUUCUGAAAAUGGACCAUAUGUUUACAAUACUUUGAAAAAUGUAUUUAAACAAACACUGGAAGAAAAAAGGAAGAGGAUUAAGGAAGGAAUAGAGAAUCCUUCUUGAUUUCUACAAGCUCUGCCGAAGCAUUAGAUGGGCCUACCAAAUUAUUUUGCAUUUUCCAGCUACUGUAUUUUGUGCUACCUGGCAUGAUCUACCUAACUUUAGGUAAUAGUUAUUAACAAAUAAUUUUAUUUUUUUAGAGGGAGUUUUAGUGACAGUUGUUCAAUCUACACAGUUUUAAAGAAGAGCUCCUGUGUGACCAUCCUUUGUAGCAUUUGGGUUUCAGGCACUGUGCUUUUAUAUUGUGAAGGGUUCUCCUGUUCUCAAAUGUGUUAAUUGAUUUAGAAACCUCUGUUGUUGGCAAGAAACAUUACUUUCAAGUUACACCAUUGCCAUAAGUUCAGUGCCAUGAUACGCAAAGGUUGGAUGAACUGAGUUAAUAUUUAUGGUUACAUAUGUUUACAUUAAUGUUAUUUCAUUUUACUUUGCAGAAAAUAAAUAUUGGCUGAACCACUGGAGCUGCUUUUCCUUUUAGAAAUUUUAAAAUAAGGCAAAGAGUAAUAAUGGACAGAUCUCGAGGUCUGCCAUUGGCAGUAUUUUCCUUUAGAUCUCGUAAAUAACUGUAACCAAUGUGUUUCUAAAAGGUGUUGCAGGAGAGAAACACAUUGUGUUGAGUAUUAGUUAUCAAGCCUUUAAUUUAGACUUUUUCUGGCUAAGAAAGCUUUAAACAGUUUGUAACAGGAAAUGGACUGUGGCAAUUUAAGUGCUUGGAAUAAGAGUAAAACGUUACCUUAUUAGCUAAACUUUUAUUGAUCUUAAAUGAAAAACCACUUCAUUGUGAAAUCUUAAUAAGGAUAUAAUUCUGUCCAUGCUUAUGUUCAGCAAAAACUUGCAUAAAUAAAUGUAACAUAAUAAUACUAAAAAUAAUUAAUCAAAAACUUAUUAUCCGCAAUACACUUUGUAGAGACCUUUUUAUCUAAUAAGACAGAAACAACUGGAACAUCAUCAUAACUGCAGUUUUGGAUUACAGCCUUUGGCUUUGGACUGCAAUGCCAGUUUGCAGGAUCAACAGUUUAUCCAGUUUGAUAUAUUUAAGUAGUUAAACAAGAAUCUGUCCUUUUCUGAAAUAUUUUUAUUCAUUAAUGUAAAUGACUAAUAUUUAGAGAUAAAAAAAGAGCAGUUUGAAAUAGAUAUAAAUUAUACAUGCUUCAGCUCUUGCAUGAUUUUAUAUGAAAUUCAGAUCCAUACAAGUACUUUGGCAGAAUCAUCCUAAAAUAAGCACACUUGAAAGGAAAAUAUCACAUGUGAAUCACAUACACAGACCCAGCUUUGUAAAGAGGGAAGGCAACAUGACAAGCAGUUUCACAUUAGCAUGCCUUAGCAGUCAGGCUUGGGAACACUGAAAUGCAUUUGCAAGUGUCUUAGUUUCCCAAGAAAUUCUUUGAGUUUAUUACAGUUAACAGCUCCAAAGAGCCAGCACCAGUUCCUGGUGCUAUUUACUUUAGCUGUGUAUUUUAGCUUUUUAUUUCUAGACCCCAAUACACUUGGGGUGCAGAAACCAGGUCAGUUUUGUUCAAGUCAGUGUAAUGAACAAGGGCUUUCACAAAUCAUUAGCUCCAGCUAGAAUAACCUUUCUGAAGUUAAUGUCAGGUGUUGGCAUUUGAAAAAUUACCGACACACAGCCCAUGUAAAUGGACAGUGUAGAACUGGGCACUUCUUUAUUUAGUACGUUUUUUGGUUCACUGACAAGUGUGUUUACAAUUAUGGCCAAACUGGCCACCACAUCUGGUUGAACCCAUCAUGGAUAAAACCAAAAAUAGCCCAUCUGAAUGAAUACUCAAACCUAAAAACUUUAGUAGCAGCCUCUUAAUUAAUUUGUGACCCAAGUGAUGCAAACAGGGGUGACCCAAUUGUAGCCUUCCAGUACCUGAAGGGAGCCUACAAGAAACAUGGAGAGAGACUGUUUAUAAAGGCUUCAAAGUGACAGAAAAUAGGUUUAGGUUAGAUAAUUAGGAAGAAGUUCUUCCCUGUGAGGGUGGGAGGCCCUGGCA